AUGGCCGCGUUUGAUCUGAAAACCGCGUUAUCUCUGUUUCCGAUUGUAAAUCGGGAGGAGGACAUUAUAAAAAGCCUUUUAGACGGCAUAGAGUUUUAUAAAACCGUUCUCAGGUCCGAGGACCAUCCCUUACUAAUAAACUUCAUUCUAAAGACAAGGCUUUCUAGUGGUGCAAAACUAAAAUUGAAAACGAACUAUGAUAGUAUUAGCGAUUUAACGGGGGAUAUAAAAAAAUUCCUAUUACCAAAUAAAUCGUAUACAUUCAUUUUAGCGCAAUUACAGAAAUGUAGGCAGGGUAAUAGGACAAUUUUAGAGUUUGGGGAUGAGAUAGAGAGGUUAUUCAUUGAGUUAACAAUUGCCCAAGCAGGGGGUUUGAACACGGCGUAUGAAAUACUAUUACCAAUCAACGAAAAAACAGCCGUUAAACAGUUUGCUAGGGGAUUAAAUAAUGAUAGACUAUCCAUGAUAAUAACAUGUCGCGAAAUCUCACAAGUACGGGAAGCUAUUACAAUAGCAAUAGAAGAGGAGAAUGAAAGAUUAUCUUUAAAUUCAGAAACAUGUUAUAGAAUUCAGUCUAGAAAUUAUUACACUAAGUAUAAUCAUGCCUAUAAUAAGAAUUAUAAGCCGCGAUUCUUUAAUAAAGGUCAAGUUCGAUACAAUGGAAGUAACGUGCAAACACAGCGAAAUCAGCAAAUGCAUAGUAAGGAAGGUCGCGCAUUCUUUCGUAGUAAGCGUAUAAACUAUGUUGGAGAAACAGCUGAUAAUAAUAACAGUGAGGAAAAUGAAACUUCAUUAGAGUUUUUUCGUGAAUAA